AUGUCAAAUCGAGAGAAGAGCCAAAAAGCAGCCAAGGAAUUACUGGCACUAUGUGUCAAGGAGAGUGUCAUGGUUCCAACGGAUCCUAUAAAUGCUGCCGUCGUGGCUGGUACGAUGCUCAACGCCACACGGGAGGAGGGUGAGUUUCAAUUGGAUGCAGCGCUAAAGGAAAUGAUCAAAAAGUUUGGUGUCAAGAAGUUGACGUCUCCUAAGAAGACGAAAAUGCAAAACAAAGAUGAGGCCAAGACCAAGAAGACGACUAGCAGGAAGCGUAAAAAUGACCACGUCACAGACGAAGAGGGAGACGAGGAAGAGGACAAGACAAUGAUGAAGAAGCCUAGAAAAACAGCCGAGGCCACGUGCGACGCCAACCAAAAACUAGCUGACGCCUUCUUGGAGCUAUCGAGCUUUGAGUUCAAGCGUGGCGAGAAAUUUAAAGGUGGCACAUGGUCGAAAGUAGCCAAAGCCAUUCGCGACUGCGAAUUUGUUCUUACAUGUGGCAAAGACGCGUUGAAACUCAAGGGCGUAGGCAAGUCAUCAGCUGCUAAGAUUGAUGAAUUCCUUGAACUGGGGACACUUGAGAAACUUGAAGAGUACCGUGCAGGCAACCUGUAA